CGAGAUGACCCUCUCGAUUCUAGGUUUGGUUCUUGCAGCAGCGCUUGAAAUUGGGCAAAUCCGUAAUCUCCCUCGCUGCCCGCACAAGAAACCCUGGAAUGGAAAGGUGUUAGGGCUUUUGUAGUCGAAGUUGCUGUUUGAGUCUUUCGUCUCGCUUCCACCUCCUCUUGUCCUUGCUUUCUCCGUUCCGCUCGAUUGGCGGUAGCGCCAAACGUGGAUAGACGAUCGGAAUCCGACAGCCGGAGAUGGCAGAGAGAGGUGGUUUCGGACGGGGCUUCGGUCGGGGAGGAGGUCGCGGUGACCGUGGUCGCGGUGACCGGGGUCGUGGAGGCCGCGGCGGAGGCCGCCGUGGGGGUGCUCGCCGCGACGAGGAGGAGAAGUGGGUUCCAGUCACGAAACUCGGACGCCUCGUCAAGGAAGGGCGCAUCCGUACACUGGAGCAGAUUUACUUGCACUCGCUCCCCGUGAAGGAGCACCAGAUCGUGGAGUCCCUACUUGGGCCCCUACUCAAGGACGAGGUCAUGAAGAUCAUGCCCGUCCAGAAACAGACACGCGCAGGGCAGCGCACACGAUUCAAGGCCUUCGUUGUGGUCGGUGACGGCAAUGGCCAUGUUGGCCUCGGGGUCAAGUGCAGUAAGGAGGUCGCGACGGCCAUCCGUGGCGCCAUCAUCCUCGCUAAGCUCUCCGUCAUCCCCGUUCGCAGGGGUUACUGGGGGAACAAGAUCGGCAAGCCCCAUACCGUUCCCUGCAAGGUCACCGGAAAGUGUGGUUCAGUAACCGUCCGGCUCGUUCCGGCGCCCAGGGGUUCCGGUAUCGUCGCUGCUAGGGUACCGAAGAAGGUUCUGCAGUUUGCGGGAAUCGAGGACGUAUUCACCUCGUCUCGCGGCUCAACCAAGACUCUUGGAAACUUCGUCAAGGCUACUUUUGAUUGUCUAUUGAAGACAUAUGGCUUCCUUACUCCUGAUUUCUGGCGAGAGACUCGCUUCACAAAAUCUCCUUUCCAGGAGUACACGGACUUGUUAGCAAAGCCUACCAAGACCCUUAUUCUCGAGGAGGUUGAAAAAGAUGAUGCCUGAUGAAGUUCUUGAACCUUAAGCAUAGUAAAUUUGCUUGGAUAGCAAGUAUCACACGGUUAAUGUUCUCUCAGAAUAGGCCCAUAGAGUAUUCCUCCAAUCUGGUUUUCUCCAUUUUUGAAGGAUUUGGUGUUCAGGUUCUUGGUUUCAUAUUUUUUUAUAUAUAUUCGUAAUAUUUCGCGUUGUAAGGCCUGGUUGGUGCGCUUGUCUUUGGAACCCCUGGAAGCCUUAGUCCAUUACUGCUUGACAUGAUAAGAUGGACUUAUUUGCUUUUGGUAGGCACUGCUUGGAGGAUUAAGAGCUUCCAAGCUGUUUAUAUCCUUGGAUGCAGAUGUUAAAUUCACGCUUUUAUAUUGACUAAGUUUCACUA